UAUUGUUUAUUGUUUAUAAAAAGAUAAAAGAUAUAUUAUAGUUUAUACAUGAGAUGUACAAUGUAGAUUUCAGUGAUUUAAAAAAGAACUACAUGGUCAGAUAUUUUCUUAGAUAUUUUGAGACAGUGUUCUGUGUUCUUGAAUAUCGUGCUUUCACCAUUGCUUUAAUUCUCGAUCAAAAACAGUUGAUCCAAAAAUGCAACCAAAGAAAUUGCUAUCGUCCUCUGCAUUUUACGGGCAUUUUCUUUUCUUCCUUUUCUUCCAUUAAUAAAGGUAUGAAAGCUUCUCCAGAGGUCACUGAUUCAUUACAGGGUCAUGCUGAAAGUUCAAGUCAAACUAAUACAAGACCCCUUGGUACAAGUGACAUUGGACACUUUGGUGUUGAGACAAAUGUGACAAAUUAUGACCUCAUGAACCCAAACAUUGCAACCACUUCAGGCACAAGGGAUAUUAGGCAUUGUUUGUCAAGCAUGCCUUUAAAUCCUGAAAGUGUUAAAGCUAGGUUUAAUAAUGAACAAGAGAAUGAAGAUCUUCCUAAAGAACAACCAUCUGACCAGUUAAUGGAUAGUAACAUCAAUAAGAGGUUAAAGGUAUCAAGCUCAAUGAACUUCUCUAAUUUCCUUUUUAGGCAAUCUAGAAAGGGAAAAGGGUUUUUGUGCAAAAGUUCAGAGAUCUCUAAUGAGCCCAAUGUUGCAGAAAUGACCAAUAAUAAAGGUUUCAUGGGCAGAAUGAGUUCUAAUGGAUCAUUAAAGUUAAGUGAAAUGACUCUUGAUUUCCCUCAAGAAAGUGCAUACAAAGGGAUGAACUUGAGGAAGUGGCUAAAACUCAAUUCUAUACAAGUGAAUAAAGCUGAGAGGCUGCAGAUAUAUAGACAGGUUGUUCAGGUUGUCGAUAUGACACACUCUCAAGGAAAUGCAUUGCAAGAUUUAUGGCUUUCAAAUUUCAGUUUGUUGCCAUCAAAUGAGAUCAUUUAUUUUGAUUCUUCAAUAAAUUAUGAAGUAAUAAAUAGUUCUCAAAGUAAUAGAAAACAUAUUCAACAAGAGAGAGAGUCAUACUCUGUAACUAUUGAACUUGAAAAAAAAUGGUAUGCUUCUCCAGAGGAGCUCUAUGGAAUGGAAUCAUUAUCAGCAAAUAUCUACAACCUUGGUGUUCUCUUAUUUGAGUUACUCUCCUCAUUUGCAUCAUUAGAGAUGCAUUCUGCAGCAAUGUUAGAUUUACAAUACCGGAUCCUUCCACCACGUUUCAUUUCUCAAAAUCCACAAGAAUCUGCCUUCUGUCUUUGGCUCCUUCAUCCUCACCCUUCAUCUCGCCCAACAACAAGGGAAAUCCUACAAUCUGAAUUAUUAAGUGGAACCAAAGAAUUUUACUCCAAGAACACUUAUUCUCCAAUUAUAGACAAGACCGAAGAUUCCGAUUUUGAGAUUCUAUUUAAUUUUCUAGUUUUAUUAAAGGAACAAAAGGAAAAACACGCGUUGGAGUUAUAUAAAAAUAUCCAGUUGUUAGAAACCGAUAUCAAGAGUUUUCAUCACGUGUAUUAUGAUUCAAAAAAUAUAUUCGAGACAAGAAUGAAGACAAACAUGAGCCAUCUUGAAAGUGCUUAUUUCAGCAAGAGGUCCCAACUCCAACUUUGUAAUUCUACCACUGCCUCUAAUGACCGAAAUGACCUCGACCUGUUAGGGAAUCAUGAAAGGUGCUGUGAUGAUUUUUUAAAGGGUGUAUGUAAGUUUAUAAGAUAUAGCAAGUUUGAGGAAUGUGGGAAUUUAAAAAUCGGGAAUCUUUUGAAUUCUGCAAAUGUGAUUUGCUCUUUGAGCUUUGAUCGUGAUGAGAACUACAUUGCUGUUGCUGGUGUCUUGAAGAAAAUAAAGAUUUUUGAAUUUGUUUCGCUUUUAAAUGAUUCUGUUGAUGAUGUUAAUUAUCCUGUUGUUGAGUUGGUGAAUGAUUCAAAGCUUAGCUGUGUUUGUUGGAACAAGUACCUCAAGAAUUAUUUGGUGUCAGCUGAUUAUGAUGGUGUGCUUCAGGUGUGGGAUGCAUUCAUUGGUCAAGGGUUAUCUCAUUAUAUAGAACACCAAAGAAGGGCAUGGUGUGUUGAUUUUUCUCGUGUGGACCCCACACAAUUUGCCAGUGGCAGUGAUGAUUGUUCAGUCAAGUUAUGGAGCUUAAACGAUAAAAAAUCAACAUGCACAAUCAGAAGUGCUGCGAAUGUGUGCUGUGUACAAUUCUCUCCAUGUUCUUCACAUCUAUUGGCUUUUGGAUCUGCUGAUUACCAGAUACACUGUUAUGAUCUUCGACAUGUAAAGAUUCCAUGGUGCACGUUAGCAGGACAUGAAAAGGCUGUAAGCUAUGUGAAGUUUUUGGAUUCCGAUUCCGUUGUUUCUGCAUCCACUGAUAAUACAGUGAAGCUUUGGGACCUGAAAAAAACCAGUUUAGAGGGGAUUUCUACUGAUGCUUGCUGCAUGACCUACAAAGGUCACACUAACGAAAAGAACUUUGCUGGCUUAUCUGUUCUUGAUGGAUAUAUAGCAUGCGGUUCUGAAUCCAAUGAGGUUUAUGCUUAUCAUAAAAGUUUCCCAAUGCCAAUUACUUCCUACAAGUUCGGAACCACUGAUUCCAUUUCCGGUGGUAACAAUGGAGAGUUUGUUUCCAGUGUUUGCUGGAGGGAAAAAUCAAAUAUGAUUGUUGCUGCCAAUUCAGGUGGACAUAUAAAGGUUCUGAAAAUGUUGUGAAGGGCCUAUAUAUGUUCACUAAUUUUACAAUUCUAGCCUCCCUACCUUCAAGCCUGCUGCUAUAAGCAGUAAUGUGGAAAUGACUAGUUUGCCCUUCAACCUAAAAAAAACAAUUCCAUAUACUCAUAAACGAUACUAGCAAGAAAAAGUGGUGGGAAUUGGCGGCAUUAAUCUGGAAUUGUUGCCGGAAAACCAUAAACUCAGUCAUACUUCCGGCAACUUCUGCCUCCUGAAAGAAUUUCUGGUCAGAAACAUGAAGGAAAUGCCUUCGGAAUCAGUUUAACCCUUUUCUGUGAAUCCCAGAAGCAAAUGAGCAAGAUUUGGUCAAAUCUGAUUAAGAUUUGUUGGUCAACAUCAAAGAUAGUUCACAGCAAGGCAGUUAGGAUAAAAUGUUAUAAAGAUUUAUUGUUUUUUGUGAUUAUCUUUGUUUGUAAUUAAAUGAUUUUGAUGUAAGCUUAGUAUUGCCUCAAGUUCCAUGAUUGAUGAUUGAUAUGA